AUGUAUCUCUUCUUUCUUUCUACCAUUUUCUCUCUCUCUCUCUCUCUCUCUCUCUCUCUCUCUCUUUCUUUCUUUCUUUCUUUCUGUGUGGCUGUCUUUUUCUUUCUACAAGUUUUCUCUCUUUCUUUCUUUCUUUCUUCUUGUUUUUCUGUCUCUUUCUUUCUUUCUUUCUUUCUUUUGUUUGCCUCUUCUCUCUUUCUUUCUUGCUUUCACUUUUCUUUCUUUUUUGUGUCAUUGCUUGUCUCUUUUUUUUUUUUCUUUCUCUUUUUUUCUCUUAGUUCUUUCUUUUACAAGUUUUCUCUCUCUUUCUUUCUUUCUUUCUUCUUGUUUGUCUGUCUCUUUCUUUCUUUCUUUCUUUCUUUUUAUGUGCCUCUUCUCUCUUUCUUUCUUGCUUUCACUUGUCUCUUUCUUUUUAUGUCGUGCUUGUCUCUUUUUCUUUCUUUUUUCUUUCUACUUCUUUUUUCUCUUAGUUCUUUCUUUCUACAAGUUUUCUCUCUCUUUCUUUCUUUCUUUCUUCUUGUUUGUCUGUCUCUUUCUUUCUUUCUUUCUUUCUUUUUAUGUGCCUCUUCUCUCUUUCUUGCUUUCACUUGUCUCUUUCUUUUUUAUGUCUUGCUUGUCUCUUUUUUUUUCUUUUUAUACUUCUUUUUUCUCUUAGUUCUUUCUUUCUACAAGUUUUCUCUCUCUUUCUUUCUUUCUUUCUUCUUGUUUGUCUGUAUCUUUCUUUCUUUUUAUCUGCAUCUUCUUUUUUUCUUUCUUGCUUUCACUUUACUUGUCUCUUUCUUUUUAUAUCUUGCUUGUCUCUUUUUUCUUUCAACUUCUUUUUUUUUCUCUUACUUCUUUCUUUCUUCAAGUUUUUUAAAUCUUUUUUCUUACAUUCUUUUUUCGUUCUCUCUUUCUUGCUCUUUGUCUAUCUCUUUCUUUUUGCGCGUCGGCCUCGUCUUUCUUUCUUUCUUUCUUUUUUCCUUCCUUUUUGUCUGGCUCUUUCUUUCUUUCUCUCCUCUCUUCCUAUCUAUCUUUGUCUUUUCAAAUCUAUCUAUCUAUCUAUCUAUCUAUCUAUUUCAAUCUGUUCAUAUCUACCAUUUAUAUACGUAUAUCAGGUGA